AUGAUUGAAGAAACAACGAGUUUACCUGGGGUUUUUAAACUACGAGGAUGCAUGGAUUUCUAUUUGCCAAAACGAUAUGUAUUUGUUUUUCUUACACUGAUGGGCUCAAUCAUUGUCUAUAUAAUACGAGCCGCGGUCAGCAUAUCGAUCGUGGCAAUGGUCAAUCAUGCAGACGAGAUAUUUAAAAACAAUACUGUAAAUGAAUGUCCAGUGAAUUCGUCACAAAUGAUUCGCAAUGAGUACAAAGGUAAACAGUAUGAGUGGGAUGUCAGACAGCAGUCACAUUUUCUUGGUUGUGUUUCUUACGGUAACAUUGCAACACAAAUCCUUGGAGGUAUCUUGGCUGAAAAAUUUGGCUUCAAGUUCGUUUAUGGUGGCGGUAUACUUAUGACAGGAAUAAUUACAUUGCUGAUUCCUGUAUUCUCAGACUUGGGUUUCACCGCAGUUAUUGUUAUUCGGGUAAUCCAAGGCUUAGGCGAGGGCUUAACUUUGCCAGCAAUUAACGCAGCGAUCAGUAUAUGGUCACCCAUAAAUGAAAGAAGCAGAGUUUCAGCGAUUAUUUUUUCAGGUCUGCAGAUUGGCUUAGUUAUUGGCAUGCCGAUUUCAGGAUUACUUUGUUCAACAGACUUCUUAGGUGGAUGGCCAUCUGUAUAUUAUGUUUUCGAAUUAUAUACGAUAGUUGAAUUCACACUCCUCAUUCCAGUAGAACAAGAAUCAUUGACUGUGGUCAGUGCGCUGGUGGGUGAUCACUUUGAUCACGCUUCGAAGGGACCAAAGGAGUGUGGUAUCGCUCCUCGUUAA